GUAGGUAGGGGCAGAGCUAGUCGGGAUCGUUCAGCCGCUGUUGUCCUUGAUCUGGGCGUGGACUGACUGCCUGGCCCAUGGCUGCAUGGUCAGUAUCGCGGACACUCUGGAGGGUCCUAGGGGCUGCCGGUCGGGGCUGCAGCUCAGGGGCCCCCGUAACGCUGCCUCGGAGUGGGGAGCCGGCUCUGCAAGAAGCCCAGGUGCUGUCCCCAGCCAGAAGGAGGGAGUUCCUCCGAGAUCAUGCUGCCCCCUUCUCUGCCUUCCUUACCGACAGCUUUGGCAGAAGACACAACUACCUGCGCAUUUCCCUUACUGAGAAAUGUAACCUUCGCUGUCAGUACUGUAUGCCUGAGGAGGGGGUCCCACUGACUCCCAAGGCUGACCUGUUGACCACAAGGGAGAUCCUGACCCUUUCCCGGCUCUUUGUGAAGGAAGGGGUGGACAAGAUCCGGCUCACGGGUGGGGAGCCUCUCAUCCGACCCGACGUGCUAGACAUCGUGGCUCAACUUCAACAGCUGGAUGGCCUGAAGACUAUUGCCAUCACUACCAAUGGGAUCAACCUCGCCCGACUGCUACCAAGGCUCCAGGCAGCUGGGCUCAGUGCAAUCAAUAUCAGCCUAGACACGCUGGUGCCAGCAAAGUUUGAGUUCAUUGCUCGUAGAAAAGGCUUCCACAAAGUUAUGGAAGGCAUCCAUAAGGCCAUUGAGUUGGGCUUUGACCCUGUCAAGGUGAACUGUGUGGUGAUGCGUGGCCUGAAUGAAGAUGAGCUCCUGGAUUUUGUGGCCCUCAGUGAGGGGCUCCCACUGGACGUGCGCUUCAUAGAGUACAUGCCCUUUGAUGGUAACAAAUGGAACUUUAAGAAGAUGGUCAGUUAUAAGGAAAUGCUAGACAGGAUCCAACAGCACUGGCCAGAGCUGCAGAAGCUACCAGAGGAAGCCUCUAGCACAGCUAAGGCCUUCAGGGUCCCUGGUUUCCGAGGCCAGAUCAGCUUCAUCACAUCCAUGUCUGAGCAUUUCUGUGGAACCUGCAACCGCCUUCGCAUCACAGCUGAUGGAAACCUCAAGGUUUGCCUCUUUGGAAAUUCAGAAGUGUCUCUACGGGAUCACCUACGGGCUGGGGCCUCUGAAGAGGAGCUGUUGAGCAUCAUUGGGGCCGCUGUGGGCAGAAAGAAGCAGCAACAUGCAGGCAUGUUCAACAUUGCCCAGAUGAAGAACCGACCCAUGAUCCUCAUCGGCUGCUUCCCAAAGCUCCAAGAUGCUCCUCUGACCUCUUCCAGCCUUCCCCCCCGGGACCCUCUUCACAUCCAGGGGCUCAGAGCCAGAGGGAGUUUCUCCAGCCAUAUGGAGACCAUGUGGUCAAGAUGGGGACUGCCGCAUGUCCUUCCUCUGGUGCAUCUGAGACUAGAAGCAGUCUCUCCUAGGAGAUUUUAUAGCUCUCACUCAAAAGAUCCCGAUUCCAGCACUAAGUGCCUUAACACAGAGACAUUGGCUAUCCCAGCUACCCCCAGACUGUCUCCCUUCUCAGACCAACUGACCCACCUGGAUUCAGAGGGGCGGGCUGCCAUGGUUGACGUGGGCGGAAAGCCAAUGACAGAGAGGGUGGCUGUGGCCUCAGCUGUGGUCUUCCUGGGGCCUGAGGCCUUCCAUCUCCUUCGCCAGAACCAGCUACAGAAAGGCGAUGCCUUGGCUGUGGCCCAGCUGGCUGGAAUCCAGGCAGCCAAACUGACCAGCCAGCUGAUCCCACUGUGCCAUCAUGUGACUCUGAGCCAUACCCAGGUACAGCUGGAGCUGGAUGCUGCCCACCAUGCUGUAGUGAUCCAGGCAUCCUGCCGGGCCUGGGGCCCCACGGGGGUGGAAAUGGAAGCCCUGACUUCUGCUACCAUAGCUGCCCUCACCCUCUAUGACAUGUGCAAAGCAGUCAGCAGGGACAUCAUCCUAGGAGACAUCAAACUGCUCAGCAAAACAGGAGGCCAGCGAGGGGACUUCAGUCGAGGCUCAGAUUCUGAACCGUCUCGGCCUCAGCUCUGACAGACCCAAGUUCCCUCCCUUCCUGAGAAUCUGUAUCAGACUGUCUAUCAGCAGCUAGGCUUAGGAGUGGAUUUGGGUGGGCAUUUCAUCUUUGUCUGGGUCAAUGUACCCUUUCAUCACUCCCCAUGAUCCGUGACCAAAGAAUGUCAGAACUGGGAGGUCAAACGGUCUAAGAAUAGUCAAAUCAUAGAUUCAGAACUAGAGACCAUUUAGCCCCAAACUGUCAUUUUACAAAUAAGAAAACUGAGGGCCAGAGAGGGAGAGUAACUAAUUGGGAGAAAAGAGUCAGGAUGGCAUGGCUAGUCAGAGGCAGAAAUGGGGUAAGAAUUCACAUUUUAUACCUCAGGAUAUGGAGACUCAAGAAUAAGAAUGAUACUUUACCUUUGUGGACUAUUUGACACUUUUCUAAAUAAUUUUAUAUCCGUGAUACCAUUUGACCUUUGGAAUAAUAAUGCUGUGAGGCAGCAGUGGGGAGCCAAAGGUCCAAAUUAUCCACAAGUUAAAUCAGUGGCCUGGAUAAGAGAGUUUAUUAAUUACCCUCCCCCAGUUUGGGGGUAUCUUGUAUUGGAUAUCUUCUCAGCCCACCUCCCCCAACAGGCUGAAGUCCCCUCCCUUCCUGGGAGAGAACUUUGGUCUAGUUUCUUUUUCCAGACAAGGAAAGAAGGGUGGACAGAUGGGCCCUAGGGAUUUUUGUCUGUUGGUUCUAUUGAUGCCUUUUAAUUUUUUUUAACAUCACAAUCAUUUCCAGAUAUAUCCUCCCAUGCCCUCAAUGAGACUUCCUUUAUGAUAGAAACAAAUAGUUAAGAAAGAACUAACCAAGGCAGAGACUCCAUCUGCCAGUAGAGGUAACAUUCUGCAGCCAUCAGCUCCCACCUCAGCAGCCCAUGUCUUUUCUAACCCUGCUUAUUCUUAUCCUUCUUGUGAGAGCCUUGCUCCAGCCAGCCAGAGGAGCAUAGAUUUAUGGGUGUUCGGCACUUACUCCCUUCUCUCCCCAUUCCUAGGAAGUUUAUGUAGGUGAAUGGAUGUAGGAUGUUAUGUAGGAUGAUUUCAGCUUAGCUGUGGAGUUCUAGUUUUUACACUUGGAAGGGAACUUAGUCACCAUUCCUGUUGGGGGUUUAUUUCUUUCUGGCUCAGGGAUGUAGUUUGAUUCUAUUCCCCCAACCCACAUCCCCUUUGUAGAUUUACCUUAAUUAUCCUAUUUUACUGAAGUGGUGCAGUGCAUAUGUCAUUGGGCCUGGAGUCAGGAAGGCCGGAGUUCAAAUCCAGCCUCAGACACUUCCUAACUGGUGUGACCUUUGGCAAGUCACUUAACCUCUGUCUCAGUUUUCUCAUCUGUAAAAUGAAGAUGAUAAUAGAACCUACCUUGAAGGGCUGUGGUGAGGAUCAAAUGCUAUAAUAUUUUUAAAACACUUAACCCAGUGCCUCAUACAUGGUAGGUACAGUGUAACUUCUAGCUAUAAUAUUAUAUAUUAAUAUUAUUAGGUAUGAGGGGGCUGCCAUCAGGGAGGCUUAAAGAGUCAUUCUCACUCUGGGCCAUCAUACAUCACCCCUUAGUCUUCCCACCUCCUUCAUGUCUCAAUGUCUUCUCUUUCUCUUUCUUCUCCAUUCUACCUGACCGUGACAAUUUUAUCAGAUUUUGGGGUAUGCAAAGUGAUAGUGACGGAUCUCCCCUUGUCUUUCCAUCUUCCCAGGUAAAAUGGGAACAUGAAAGUGGAAAACUGCUUUCCUACUCUGUUCUCAGUAAAGGAUACCCAGUUGCCUAAUUGAAUAAAUGGGGGGGGCAGCUAAGUGGCAAAGUGCAUAGAGUGCCAGACAUGGAUUUAGGAAGACUCAUCUUCCCAAAUUCAAAUCUGGCCUCAGAGACACUUAUUAGCUGUGUGACCCUGAG